UCGAGGAACAGAGGAUGAAAGCGAUAGAAGGAGAGAAGAACUUUGAUUCUAUAUUGGUCUUCGGCCUUACCUCAGGUCUGCCUAAUCUCACUGUGUACGAUCUGUCAGUGAUACUUUGAGUAGUUUGCUCCAUCAGGAACAUUACAGUGACAGCAUGUCCUCUGGAGGUACAGGGACCUGGAAGAAGAAAAAUGCCUAUGCAGCUGUGAAAGUGGAUCCUGAUGAUGAUUAUGUUACUCCAGGGGCAUUUGAACUGGAGCGACUCUUUUGGAAAGGCACUGCAAAAUUUGCUCAUGUUAACGAAGUUUGGCCAGAUAUUUACAUAGGAGAUGAAGUAACAGCAUUAGAUCGGUAUAUGGUCGAAAAGAUGGGUUUCACUCAUAUACUAAAUGCAGCCCAUGGUCGCUGGAAUGUGGACACAGGAGAUGAAUACUAUAGGAAUAUGCCUAUCGAUUAUUAUGGUGUGGAGGCUGAAGAUGUGCCAAUGUUUAAUUUAAGUGAAUUCUUCUAUCCAGCUGCCCAAUAUAUUGACAAUGCACUAAGCACACCAGGGGCUAAGCUGUUAGUCCAUUGUGCAAGGGGGCGGAGCCGAUCAGCAACACUUGUCCUGGCUUAUCUGAUGAUCUACAAAAAUAUGACAGUGGUGGAUGCAGUUCAACAAGUAAUAAAACACCGGUGUAUUUUACCAAAUCGUGGCUUUCUGAAGCAACUGAGAGCACUUGAUAUAGAACUGGCGAUGGAUAGAAGUAUUGCAAAUAAUGACAUCAACACAAGUGAUGGAAAAGAAACUGGUUAACAAUUCUUUUAUUAUACACAGAUAAUAUAACAUUUUGAUAUAGAAAACCACAAUCAGCUGUAAAUAUAGUUUUGGUAUGUUCUGAUAUGCAAAGUUUUAAUAAAUUAACCACAUACUACUUUCUGAUAUGGCAUCCCAUUGUCCCAAAGGUUUAUACUAUCUAAUAAUAUGAAUGAAUUUUAUGGAAACCGCAACAAAAAAAAUGUGAUGUGAUCCAGAUGUGGAUGUUCUUACUCAGACCACAAAGUGUGUGAACAGAAGUAGGCCUCGGCCAUUUUAUCCCAUCAAGUCUGCUCCACAUUUCAAUGAGAUUGAUCAAUCUCAUUCGAAUAAUUCUCAAAUUCACGUUCUUGCAACCUACAACCCUUGAUUCUCUUACUGAUUAACAAUCUAUCUCAACAGCAAAUAUACUUGACAACCCAGCCUCGACAACCCUCUGCUGUAAAGAAAUCCAGAAUCACUAAACUCUGAGAAUAAAGUUCCUCCUCAAUUUCUAUGUUAAACGGGUGACCCCUUACUUUGAUAUUAUGCUCUGUGGUCCUAGAUUCUCCCAAACUCUCUGCCUGUCAACGCCCCCUAAGAAUCUAAGAGAUUUCAAUAAGAUCACCUCUCAUUCAUCUAAACUCCAAUAACCCCAACCUACUCAACCUCACCUCACAGGAAAAUGACUCCAUACCUGGGAUCAACAUUCUCUAAUACUGGCAAUGGAGGCAGCUAUCUUUGCUUAGAUAAAGGGACCAAAACUGUUUGCAGUAUUCAAAGUGUGGUCUGAUGACUGCCUUGUAUAGGUUUAGCAAGACCACCCCUAUUUUAUAAAAGUCAACAGUCCAUUUGUAUGUCUAAUUACCCACUAAACUUGCCUGUUAGCAUUUAGUGAUUUAUGCAAAGUAUCUCCCAAAUUGCUCUUUGCUGCGCCUUUCUGCAAUUUUUCUCCAUUUAAAUAAUAUCCUGCUCUAUUCUUUCUGCCAAAGAGCCUAAGCUCACAUUUUUCCACAUUAUUCCAUCUGCCAGAUUUUGCUCACUCACAUGGUCUACAGAGGAAUAUAGACAGGUUGAGUGUCAUCCUUGUUCUUUGCCUCCCACCUAUUUUUGGUGUCAUUCAUAAAUUUGCCAAUAGUGCACUCCCUUCAGUUAUCCAAGUAAUGAAUAUAUGUUGUAAAUGGUGUGACCCAAGCAAUGAUUCCUGUCACACUCCACUAAUUGCAGGUUGCCAUCCUGAAAAUGCCCCUUUUAGCCCAACUCUCUGUUUUCUAUUAGUUAUCUAAUCCUCUAAUCCAUGGACUUGUCUUAUUAAGUAGCAUGACAUACAAUACCUUGUCAAAUGCCUUUUGGAAAUCCAAUUAUAUUACAUUUACAGGCUCCCCUUUAUGUAUCCUGCUUGUUACUUCCUCAAAGAACUUUCAUAAAUGUGUGUCAUGCACGAUUUCCCCUUCAUGAAGUUCUGCUAACUCUGCUUAGUUGUGUUAUAUGUUUCAAAACACUCUAUUACCUGCUUUAUAAUGGACUCUAGCAUUUCUUAGUGCCAGAUAUGAAGAUAACUGGUGUAUAGUUACCCGCUUUUUAUCUCCUUCCUUUUUAAAAUAAAUACAUUACAUUGGCUGUUUUCCAAUCUUCUGGGACUUUCCAGGGUUCUUGGAAGAUUACUACCAGUGCACUUACUUUCUCUGUAGUUAUUUUAAAGUCCUCAACACAUCCCAACAGGCCCAGGAGACUCAUUGGUCUUUAGCCCUAUUAGUUUCCCUAGUACUUUUUCUCCAGGGACAGUUAUUGCACUUAUUUCCCCUCCCACGUUUAGCUCCUUGAUUAUGUAAUGUUUUUGGAAUGCUAUUAGUGAAGACUGAAGCAAAGCAUUUAUUCAACUCUCCUACCACUUCCUUGUUCCCCAUUAAUAAACCAGUUGCCUCAUUCUCCAAGGGACAUAUGUUCACUUUGGUCUAUCUCUUCCUUUUUAUAUAUUUAAAGAAGUUUGAAAUGUUACUUGCCAGUUUGCCCUCACAGCUUAUUUCUUCCCUCUUUGUUAAACUUCUGGUCACCUUUUGUGGGUUAUUAAAAUUUUCCCUAUCCUCGGAUUUACCACUAAUUUUUACCAUCUGGUGUGUCUUUCAAUUCAAUUUGGUAAUAUCCUUAACUUUCAUGGUUAAUCAUGGUUGGUUUAUCCCCUUCUUAGAAUCCUUUGUCCUCACUGGGAUAUACGUUUGCUAUGAGUUAUUAAACAUCUUAAAUAUUGGUCAUUAUCUUCAAGCCAGGAUUAAGAUACCAGCUUUUUAAAAAUGUCUUUAUUAUCUCCCACUUUAUUCUCUGUCCCAAAGAACAAAUGCUAUAGGGAGUCUGUAGACUAUUCUCACCAGUAUAUUCUACCCAUUAUUAUUUCUUACCUCCAUUCACAUGGUUUCUACCUCAUUCAAUCCAAAUUCAUUUCUUGCUACAUGAGUUAUUCCAUCUUGUACUAACAAAGCCACUCCAUCAUCUGUUUCUUUCAAAGUCACAUACUCUGAAUAUUUAGUUCUAACUUUGACAUCCUUGUAACAAUGCUGGUGCAAUGGAUAGGUCAUAUGCACUAACCUCUAUUUGUACCAUUAAUUCAUUUAUAUUGUUCCAAAUUUAACACACAUUUGAACAGUCAUUAAUUUCACCUUUUUACUAUUUCCCCUCCUUUGAUGCAGUUUCCUUUUUUUAAAAAAAAGCUUGUGCAUUCUCUCCCUCCCUGUUCCACUCAAUUGCCCUCCAAUAUUGCCAAAUCAUUUUGCUUUGUAACUCUAUGUAUCCCUCUCCUAAACAUUCCCUUCCCUAUAAUUAUUUUAAAGCUCUAAUAUUAUCUCAUUACAAGGGCUUAAAAGUAAAUUGCUAGCUGUCUAAUAAAGUGAUCAACAAGACUAUGAAAAAAUUGGAGUAGCACAGACAUCUCAGAGAACUGGAGGAGUUGAAUUAAGACAGAGCAAGAACAUGGAGGAUCAUGAGCUAACAUUGGUCAGCAAGUAGAAUGGUGGGUACAGAGAUUUAAGGGAGCUUAACUUUCUGGAGGGAAACUGGCCAGGCCAACAUUUACAAAUCAGUCAACAAGAAGAAAGAUCAUACCUAUGAUUGGUUGGUCUUUAAGCAAGUGCCAGCUCCAACAGAAUACUUGAUGUUGUUCCUCUAAAUUGAGAGCAUUACUAUCUCCCAUCUGCCUCAGAGAAUGUCUAAGGCCCAGGAUUUCUGCUUUCAUGACUGUGACUGGCUGAAGUCUCAUCAUCACCACCAAGCAGGUUGAGACAAUGGCAUGGGAGAAAUUAUAUGCUUUUGCUAUACUAAACCAAUGUGUUCAACCAGCAUAUUGCCUACACACAACCAUGGUUAACUAUUAUCCAGCUUCAUCAAAGUGCCUAUAAGCUGUUAGUACGUUACAGCAGUUUAAGUUUACUGCCUCAGCUUAUUUGGAGCAUAUCUCUGAAAGGGAUGGAGUCCUGUCACCUCUGAUAUAAUUACAUUCCUUGGGCAUAUUCCCAUUAAUAGGAGGCGAGUUUGCCUCAAAACAUUGGGUGUGUUUGCAUGUACAUGUUUGUUGGGAAUCACUUUCAAAGUACCUAGAGCAUGAUAAAACAAAUUAUUCAGGCUGAUGGGGUAAAAUAUUUAUUUAGAUCUAUCAGCCUUUCUUGGUUGAGCAAGAAUGUAAUGUGGACAUAUAAAAAUCCUUAUCUUCCUAGAUCACAUCCUCUUUGGUAAAACCUCAAAUGUUGGACAGAAAGGCCUUAUAAGCAGACCUUCAGGCUCCUGCAUUAAAAAAAAAGGGAAAAAUAUCAGGGAGAUGGCCAUUGUGACAUACAAUGCACUUGAUAGAUAGCUUUUAGUGAACUCACUCUCAACUGACCACAUCUCUGGGGAAAAAAAAAGUGUGCUGGCUGUGAAAAGCAAUGCCAGUGUCACUAAUGCUCUAAUACGAUAAUUGAACAGAAUUAAAAGUUGCUUUUGAUUAAUCAAAUGACACAGAAGUUUAAAAAAUUUGUAACAACUUAUCAUUUCAUACGCAAA